AUGGAAGGAUCGAAUUUAGGUUUUGCUUUGGAAGACUUCGUUGAUUUCGAGGAAACUCUGACGUUAAACUAUGAUCAAGCAUUUUUUGAUUUAAUACAAGGUGUUUACAAUUCUGAGAAGGAAGCAUAUGAAAAAUAUUGCAAGUACGCGCAUUCAACUGGAUUUAGUGUUCGGAAAGAUCAUCAUCAUUUCUGGCUAAAUUCAAGGAAAAUCAAAUCAAAGGAUUUUGUGUGUUCUAAAGCAGGUUUCAAGAAGGUGACUGAGAGUGGCACAAAGAUAAAAUAUCGAAGAUCAUGUACAAAAACAGGAUGUCUAGCCAUGGUUAGAUUUUAUGUGAGUCAAGAUGGGAUUUGGGGAGUGAAUAAAGCUAUAGAGACUUACAAUCACGAACUUGCUAGGCCGGAUGAUCAAUAUUUGCUCAGGUCAUCUAGGAGCAUUAGUGAUGAUAAUGCAGCUAUUUUGAAAUCUAUGUCAGAAGCAGGGAUAAGAAUUGUCGAUGCAUUUAUAUACCUAUCUGAUGAAGUUGGAGGUGUGGGUAAUCUUGAUUUCAUAAAGCGGGAUGCAUACAACUACAUCCAAAAAGAAAGAAAAGCCAAGAUUGAGACUGAAGACACUAAUUCACUGAUCAAGUUGUUUAAAGAAUGGGUAAUUGAUGACAACAUGUUUGCAUGGGAUGUCGAAACUGAUAAAGACGGUUAUUUAUUGAAUUUCUUCUGGGUUGAUGGUCUUGGUAGAAUUGAUUAUGAUUAUUUUGGGGACGUGAUUAUAUUCGAUACAAGUUAUUGUUUAAAUAAAUAUAACUUAGCUUGUGCCCCAAUUGUGGGAGUGAAUAAUCACUGGUAA